CGGGCCCACGUGUAACAGAUAAACGGAGUAACCCCCGCAAGUGGAGGUGAAGCCUGCAAAGCGAAAGUGUUGGCAACUUUGCGCUCGUCCUGGUGGCGGGUGCGGUAAGGGUCUUCCUUUUCCCGGGCGGUCGCUCAGCGGUAUAGCGGAGAGUUGCUCUACACCGGAAACUUGGAGCGGAAAAGAAGCUAUCUUAAAAAGGAGUGGUCUUUUCCUGACUGAAGAUGGGCAUUGGAAGUGGUAGCUGAGUAGGAAGGUUUCUGGGUCUUUCACUGGCCAGGGGACUCCUCAGAGCCUUCAGCCAUGCGUCUCUCUGCCCUGUUGGCCUUGGCAUCCAAGGUCACUCUGCCGCCCAACUAUCGCUAUGGGAUGAGCCGCCCAGGGUCCCUUGCAGACAAGAGGAAGAACCCUCCAGGGACCAGGCGGCGCCCAGUAGCUGUGGAACCCAUUUCCGAUGAAGACUGGCACCUGUUCUGUGGGGAUAGGGUGGAGGUCCUAGAAGGCAAGGAUGCUGGAAAGCAAGGCAAAGUGGUUCAAGUUAUUCGGCAGCGAAACUGGGUGGUCCUGGAGGGGCUGAAUACACAUUACCGCUAUAUUGGCCGGACCAAGGACCACCGGGGAACCAUGAUUCCCAGCGAAGCACCCUUGCUCCACAACCAAGUCAAACUUGUGGAUCCUGUGGACAGGAAACCCACAGAAGUGGAGUGGAGAUUUACUGAGGCAGGAGAGCGGGUCCGAGUCUCCACAAGAUCAGGACGGAUCAUUCCCAAACCUGAAUUUCCCAGAGCUGAUGGCAUCGUCCCCGAAACAUGGAUUGAUGGCCCCAAAGACACAUCAGUGGAAGAUGCUCUAGAAAGAACCUAUGUGCCCCGUCUAAAGACUCUGGAAGAGGAGGUGAUGGAUGCAGUGGGGAUCCAGGAGACUCGGAGACACAAGAAAGUCUAUUGGUAUUGAUCCUGGGGAGAGCAGCUUCUCCCCUCCUUGUCUUAUCCUUGAAGGCUGGAGUCCCAUCUUCUUCAGUUACCAGUAAAGAGUCAUGAGUCCUC